AUGGCGACGGCGUGGGUGCGCUCUCUGAGCUGCAGGUCGUACGGCGUGGCCGACGCGGUCGUGGCGCCGUCGCCGAGCAAGAAGGCGCAGUCGCCGCCGACGCCGAUGCUGCCGGCGGUGUCGUGCGCGGCUGCGGAGGACGUGAGGGACUCCGUGGCGUUCCUGCGGCACGGGGCGGCCAAGAAGGCGAGGAGGGAGAGGAGGAGGGCGCCCGAGGAGCGGCCGCGCCGGGAGGUGGGGCCGAGGCCGAAGAAGAAGCCGAAGCAGGUGACCGCGGGGGCGUUCAUGCCGUCGCCCGCGGCCGCCGCGGCGGCGCCUGUCAGCUCGGCGUUCCUGACGAUGGCGGAGCUUCCCGUGGGGCACUCGUCGCGGCGGGUGGUGGAGCUCAUCUUCUCGUCCGGGUGGGGGGUGUCGUCGGCGGCGCCGGAGCCGGCGGUGGAGGCGAUGUUCCGUGUGCACAGCGCGGCGCGGGCGGUGGCGCGGUUCGAGGAGGCCAGGGCGGCCGCGCGCGCGCACGGCGCGGCGGCGCGGUGCGGCGCCGACGGCAACGAGAUGAUGCGGUUCCAGUGCCGCGCCGCCGCGGGGCCCGGCGGGGUGUUCGGCGCCGGCGUCGCCACCUGCCGCCUCGGCGCCACCGACACCGCGGUGCGCACCUUCGCCGGGAGCGGCGCGGCGCACUCCAGCGCCGGCGCCGGCCCCGGCCGCAGGGCGAUGCUGGUGUGCCGCGUCAUCGCCGGGCGCGUCCGGCCGGCGCACGACCAUUCCCGCCACCACGCCUCGGAUUACGACUCCGUCGACAUGGGCAACGGCGAGCUCGUCGUCCUCGACAGCCGCGCCGUCCUUCCAUGCUUCCUCAUCAUCUACAAGGUCUAG